CUCAGGGGCUCACGAACCUCAUUUACAUUAUUGUAUCUUCACCUAUUCUAGUGUGAAGCUGCUUUUCUUUGCCCUUGGCAAAAUUGUUUGUAUUGUUUCUACAAUAUGAGUCCAAAAAAGAGAAAGCGACCAAAUAACAACGGGUCUGCUACAAAGGAGCUAGCGGCUCCUAGCAAGAGGAAGAAGGAGGAUGGAUGUGAGGAGAAAGGCAAUGUUUCAAAAAUCGUAAUGUCUGCAGACAUUCAGGUGCGUGAGGAGAAUCAGUCAACUGAGAAAGCAUCAAAGACUCUUCAAAAUAAGAGAAAAAGAGAGUCAUCAGAGGAGUCCCCAACUAUGAGGAAGGUGAGAAAGACCAGCAGCGGCAAAACUGAGGACAUGCUUAAGAAAGUGGCCACUAAAAGAUCCUCAGACAGGACAGAGGACAGUGGACCGUGUAAGAUAAAGAAAGAGGAGGAACAUCGUGACAGUCCAGACGAGGGACCCAGUGUGCCCAUCAUACCCCAGGCAUCUGGACGGAGGGGCAUAAAGAGAACUCACACAAGUGAGGAAACUGGCCACAAAAAUAAGAGAUCAGCAGGUGCAAGUGGGAUAUCCGUAGCCAGCACCCCAGAAACAUCAGCUGCGUCUCACGUGCUAGCCAGUUUGACCUUCCACAGAAUGCUUGGAGAGGGCGGCUUCGGGAAGGUGUUCCUAGCUUCCCAUUACACCAGCAAACAGCGCCUGGCAGUGAAAGUAAUAGAAAAGAGGAAAGUAUUGAACAGCAUUAAGAAAUACUCCAUGUGUGUAGAGAGAGAGGUGCUGAAAAUAACUGGGGAGAGUGCACUUUUCCCACACACAUAUGCUGCAUUCCACACACCGGGCCAUGUAUUCUUUGUAAUGGAGUACCUGAGUGGUGGAGACCUCUUCCAAUUAAUACAGAGCAGAGGACCAUUUGAUGUUCCUACCAUCAGAUUUUUUGCAGCAGAAAUACUCUGUGGGCUGCAGUUCCUGCACACAAGAGGCAUUGUCCACAGGGACAUUAAGACAGACAAUAUACUUCUGGAUGCAUCUGGCCAUGUGAAAAUCGCAGAUUUUGGACUCUCUGUGAUGAAUGUCCAUGACGACAUGAAAAUCUCAGGACAAACUGGGACUCUGUAUUACAUGGCCCCAGAGGUUAUCUGUAACUUCCCAUAUAACAUCAUGGUAGACCUCUUUUCAUUCGGGGUAGUAUUAUUUGAAAUGGCUACCGGAGUAUACCCCUUUCAUGCUGGCAAUGAUUCCACCAAGAUUGCGCUGUCUAUCAUGCAUGAUGCUCCAUGCUAUCCGAGCAAUCUCCAUCCAGAGAUUAGGGACCUCAUUGAAAGACUCUUAUGCAAAGACCCAGAGGAGAGACUGAAUCGCUGUAGUAACAUCUCAUGUCAUCCAUUCUUCAAGUCCAUAAACUGGGAGAAGCUAGAGGCCGGCAGGAUAACUCCCCCAUUUACCAUGUAUCCUGCCCCAGAGACAAUGGCUGAAGUUAUACCGGUGGAUGACCUGCUCUCACUUACAGAAUCUGCAAUAUCUGCAGAGGAUGAGAGCCUGUUCACAGGAUUCUCCUUUACCAGUGACAUGUGGACAACAAUGAACUGCGUAAGACAAACCAGCAGCCGCUGCAUCCUCCUCUGUGAAGCUGCUUUUCUUUGCCCUUGGCAAAAUUGUUUGUAUUGUUUCUACAAUAUGAGUCCAAAAAAGAGAAAGCGACCAAAUAACAACGGGUCUGCUACAAAGGAGCUAGCGGCUCCUAGCAAGAGGAAGAAGGAGGAUGGAUGUGAGGAGAAAGGCAAUGUUUCCAAAAUCGUAAUGUCUGCAGACAUUCAGGUGCGUGAGGAGAAUCAGUCAACUGAGAAAGCAUCAAAGACUCUUCAAAAUAAGAGAAAAAGAGAGUCAUCAGAGGAGUCCCCAACUAUGAGGAAGGUGAGAAAGACCAGCAGCGGCAAAACUGAGGACAUGCUUAAGAAAGUGGCCACUAAAAGAUCCUCAGACAGGACAGAGGACAGUGGACCAUGUAAGAAAAAGAAAGAGGAGGAACAUCGUGACAGUCCAGACGAGGGACCCAGUGUGCCCAUCAUACCCCAGGCAUCUGGACGGAGAGGCAUAAAGAGAACUCACACAAGUGAGGAAACUGGCCACAAAAAUAAGAGAUCAGCAGGUGCAAGUGGGAUAUCCGUAGCCAGCACCCCAGAAACAUCAGCUGCGUCUCACGUGCUAGCCAGUUUGACCUUCCACAGAAUGCUUGGAGAGGGCGGCUUCGGGAAGGUAUUCCUAGCUUCCCAUUACACCAGCAAACAGCGUCUGGCAGUGAAAGUAAUAGAAAAGAGGAAAGUAUUGAACAGCAUUAAGAAAUACUCCAUGUGUGUAGAGAGAGAGGUGCUGAAAAUAACUGGGGAGAGUGCACUUUUCCCACACACAUAUGCUGCAUUCCACACACCGGGCCAUGUAUUCUUUGUAAUGGAGUACCUGAGUGGUGGAGACCUCUUCCAAUUAAUACAGAGCAGAGGACCAUUUGAUGUUCCUACCAUCAGAUUUUUUGCAGCAGAAAUACUCUGUGGGCUGCAAUUCCUGCACACAAGAGGCAUUGUCCACAGGGACAUUAAGACAGACAAUAUACUUCUGGAUGCAUCUGGCCAUGUGAAAAUCGCAGAUUUUGGACUCUCUGUGAUGAAUGUCCAUGACGACAUGAAAAUCUCAGGACAAACUGGGACUCUGUAUUACAUGGCCCCAGAGGUUAUCUGUAACUUCCCAUAUAACAUCAUGGUAGACCUCUUUUCAUUCGGGGUAGUAUUAUUUGAAAUGGCUACCGGAGUAUACCCCUUUCAUGCUGGCAAUGAUUCCACCAAGAUUGCGCUGUCUAUCAUGCAUGAUGCUCCAUGCUAUCCGAACAAUCUCCAUCCAGAGAUUAGGGACCUCAUUGAAAGACUCUUAUGCAAAGACCCAGAGGAGAGACUGAAUCGCUGUAGUAACAUCUCAUGUCAUCCAUUCUUCAAGUCCAUAAACUGGGAGAAGCUAGAGGCCGGCAGGAUAACUCCCCCAUUUACCAUGUAUCCUGCCCCAGAGACAAUGGCUGAAGUUAUACCGGUGGAUGACCUGCUCUCACUUACAGAAUCUGCAAUAUCUGCAGAGGAUGAGAGCCUGUUCACAGGAUUCUCCUUUACCAGUGACAUGUGGACAACAAUGAACUGCGUAAGACAAACCAGCAGCCGCUGCAUCUUCCUCUAGGCAGCAGCACCACCAGCUGCCUCCUCCUCCAAGCACAAGCACCACCAGCUGCCUCCUCCUCCCGGCAGCAGCACCACCAGCUGCCUCCUCCUCCCGGCAGCAGCACCACCAGCUGCCUCCUCAUCCCGGCAGCAGCACCACCAGCUACCGCCUGCUCCCGGUAGAAGCACCACCUGCUGCCUCCUCAUCCCGGCAGUAGCAAUACCAGCUGCCUUAUGCUCCCGGUAGAAGCACCACCUGCUGCCUAAAUGCAUAUAGGCCAGGUGAGGGA